GGAGGCAGAGAGAGGGGAAAAAAAAAGAAAAAGGAAAAAAAGGAAAAGGAGAAGCAAACAAUACCACGUACAAUGACUACUGCAAGAUUUAUCAAGUGUGUCACCGUAGGCGAUGGCGCGGUAGGGAAGACCUGCAUGUUGAUUUCUUACACCAGCAAUACUUUCCCAACGGAUUAUGUCCCAACUGUGUUUGACAACUUCAGUGCCAAUGUUGUGGUGGAUGGUAGCACAGUGAACCUUGGCCUCUGGGAUACUGCAGGGCAAGAAGAUUACAACAGGCUAAGGCCUCUGAGUUACAGAGGAGCUGAUGUGUUUCUCCUGGCCUUCUCUCUUAUUAGUAGAGCCAGCUAUGAAAAUAUAUACAAAAAGUGGAUCCCUGAGCUAAGACACUAUGCUCCUGCUGUGCCGGUUGUGCUGGUUGGAACCAAGCUUGUUCCAAGACACAGCAGGCAAAACUCCACUUACCAUUCUUCUUCAUUUUCAAUCAUCAUACUUCAAACAAGUAUUUUUGUUUCUAAUAUUUUCCUUCUUGUUAUCUAUUUGGCAUUUCAGAAUGUGAAGGCUGUGUUUGACACAGCAAUAAAGGUUGCUCUGCGCCCGCCCAAGCCCAAGAAGAAGCCCCAAAAGCCAAGGCCUUGCACAUUUCUCUGA